AUGAAGCACGUUCUCCUUAUUGCGGCCGCAUUGUCCUUCCAGCAAGUCGCAGGUGCAGUGCAUAGGCUGCCGGUCAAAUACGUAGUCCAGCCGCAACAAAAGGUCGACGGAGCCCAAAGUCACAAUCGCUUCUUCAAGCAGACCGAUCCAGACAUUGCUUUCCAGCGCGACUCAUCGGUACCCCUCAUUGACUCCAAGACUGGCCAUCUCUUCGUCAAUAUCACCAUAGGAGAUCCGCCGAAACAGUAUGAAGUCGUUCUUGAUACCAGAAGCUCCCUACUGUGGCUUCCAGACGUCGAGUGUAGUUCCUCUGCGGGACUGAGCUGCGAGGACACAUUCCACAUCGCAGAUCUUCAGGUCAGAGAUCAGAAGUUUGUGGGUGCUGGAGAUAUCCCUGCUCAACUCGGCUUCGAUGGAGUACUUGGCCUUGGUUACAGUGAUGCCUCCAACGAUGAAGCCCUGAGUCCGUUGGAGAACAUGAUCGCGCAAGGACUCCUUGACGAGCCUCUCUUCAGCUUAUAUCUGGCCUCCGACGAUGAUGGCCAGAGUGAAGUGCUCCGAGGCGGCAUAGAUGAGACCAAGUUCUCGGAAUCGCUGGUCAAUCUGCCCGUGACUGGUAAGAACAGCUGGGAGGUGAUAGUCGACACCGUCGAGCUCGGCUCGGGCUCAUUCGAUUCGAAGUCAAUGUCAGCUAUUCUCGACAGCGGCACACCCUUCAUCGUCCUUCCAACAGAGAUGGCUGAGACCAUCAAUAAGCAGAUAUAUCACGUUGGCUGUGAGAAGCUGGGCCCGCUACCGGAUCUGACAUUCAAGUUAGCUGGUCGUGACUUUGAGAUAAGUCCGCGAGACUACAUCGACCAGGAUGGCGAUGAGUGCAAGGGCGGCAUCGUGGGCAUCGACUUCGACUGGUUUGAUAAUGCGAUCAUUUUGCUUGGUGAUGUGUUCUUGAAGAGAUGGUACUCGGUCUUUGAUCACGGGAAUGCUUCGGUCAGCCUCGCGAGAGCCAAGUGA